AUGAGGUUACUCAGGGUCUUAUGCUCCUUGGUGGUCAUUUCUAGCACCGUGGGACAGAUCGAUGCGCCUGCACCAGGCUGCGCUAUUAGCUGCUGGGAGAAUACGAAAUAUGUCAGCAAAUGCCUAAACGAUAUUGGUUGUCUCUGUGGCGAAUCGGGCUAUCAAAACUCUGUCUACCAGUGCAUAUACUCCCAGUGUGACACAGUCCAUUUUGGUUCGGCGCUUCACCACACGAUAGCUCAAUGUGGAACUGGCAAUCAGAUAAUCUUCGGCAUCCCUCCCGUUCCUGACAAUGUCUUACUCCAGCGAAGAGAAGAGGAGUAUCUCGCAGGUGCAAAGUCCCUUGGGCCUCCAGGCUCAUCCAGUCUAUAUCGAACAGAGAGUGCUGAUGGCUCCUCCUUUCCGACCCAAAGUGCGCUUUUCCCUUUACAAAGUGCUGGCGGCUACUCCCCGCAGGCUACUGCAUCACCUUACUUUCCCCUCAACGCAGCUACCUUACCCGCAAUCGCAACUUCAACUGAGCCAGCUGCCAUCGCUGUUUCAAGAACUCCAGCACCGCUGUUGUUCACUGGUACAGCACACCGCCAUGGAGCCCGCAUUCCUCUUCUAUCUACAUUAGCCGCGUUAUACUUUGUUCUCUAG